AGUUGCAACCACACCCGUUGCGUCAACUCCAUUUUUUGAAACUCGGAGCUCUAGUAUGAUCUGGAUGGUACGCUGGACCUGCCUGUUGCUGCUUGUGUCUUGCUUAAAGACGUGUCUGUGUCAGAAAGAUGAAAGAGGACUCAGUGGCACAGAGACACAGGAUGGGCAGGUGUGGCUCAGCCCGACAUCCAAGAUGAUCUUGGAAAGUCGCCUCACGACCGUCUUUCUCCCCAUAAUCUAUAUCAUCGUGUUUAUCGUGGGGCUGCCCACCAACGCCAUGGCGAUCUGGGUGUUCCUCUUCAGGACCAAGACAAAGCAUCCGGCAUCCAUCUUCAUGGUCAACCUGGCUCUGUCUGACCUGCUGUUUGUCAUCUGGACCCCCCUCAAGAUCGCCUACCACCUCAACGGCAACAACUGGAUCUACGGAGAGGGGCUGUGUGAAGUCCUGGUUGCUUUUUUUUAUGGCAACAUGUACUGCUCAGUCGCCUUUAUUGCCUGCAUAAGUGUUCAGCGUUACUGGGGCGUAGUUUAUCCGUUGUCCAGGCAGAGACGGGACAAAUGGGUAGCCAUCGGUGUGUCUGUUGCGAUCUGGGCAGUGGUCUGGCUUAUCACGACGCCUCUCUACUUGUACGACCAAACAGUGAAGGUAAGAAACCUCAACAUCGUCACCUGCCAUGAUGUGACAAAGCCCAGCCAAAAGAAAAUAGCAGCUGGCUAUUUCCUGACCAUGGCCAUGCUGGGAUUCGUCUUGCCCACCAUCGUAUGCAUUGUGUCUUACGUCCUCAUGCUCAAAUCUCUGCGGAACUCCAUGGUGGACGACACUAUUGCCAAAAAGCGACGCAAGGCCAUAGUUUUGAUCAUCACCGUCCUGGUCAUGUUUUUGCUGUGCUUCACGCCCAGUAACAUCAUGUUGGUGGCGCACUACAUCCUCCUGUUGCAUGGAGCGGAGAACAACUGGUACGGCUUCUACAUCACCACGCUGUGCUUGGCCAGUCUCAACAGCUGCGUGGACCCGUUUGUCUACUACUUCAUCUCGGAGGAGUUCAGGGAGCAUGUGAAGAACACGCUGAUCUGCAGGAGCGAGAGGACAGUGCAGAGGAUGAGGGUGUCCUUCAGCGCUCUGAAGUACUCGAAGAAGAGCAGCACCUAUACGUCUGACUCAGGGAAUACACAGAGCAGUAGCUGCUAGCAGGCUGGUGCACUGUUGGAUUUGAGAGGUGAAAUUGUUUGACCCCUUACUCAAGUACUUAUUUAUUAUACUUGGAGUUCCUCCAUCUCAGGGUUAGUCUGUGUGUGGCAAUAACCUCCUUUUUGGGGUGUAAAUAUAUAUCAAGCUUUUUAUUCAAGAUAUAAAUACGGGAAUUGAGUGAUUAAAGUGGGUGUUUUUUACAUUACGUUUGAUGCAAUCUUCUGCUUCAGAUAACUUUUAAUUGAUUUUAGUGACUGAUAUUGCUGGCACAGCUCACUUGAAGUGUGUCCAAGUCUUUUAGCUUGUUUGAAUUUAGAUCUAAGGAAUUUUAUUUUUGUUUUUACAUUUUUGUUUUUUUUUAGUUUGUUUUGUUUUGUUGUUGGAGCCAAUGACGUGCCAUAAGACUUCAUGACGGUCCCAAAAGUAGAGACAGUACACAGUGUUCAUGAAGCAAAACAUGCACUGAUUUUUUUUUAGUCACAUAAGCCAUAUAUUUAAUUAUUUUGCUAUGUAUAUAUUUUGUGCAUAUAUAUUUUUGGCACUCCUUUUGAUUUUAUUUUAACUUUUCAAUAAAAGUAUAUGUCCAAA